UGUCUUGCUGUGCGUGUUUGAGUGGGAUGUGUGCUUGUGGUUUCAAAUGGUUGUGUUGCCUUUUAUGCACGUUUGUAAUCUGCGACGCUAUACAUAGAGCUAAGUGUAGCAUUAAUUACAGGGCAGACAGAUUUCCCACAGCAUGUGAACGCUACGUGUGAGAGAGAAAUAAAAAAAAUAAGUUUUGAGUGUUAAUAAGAUUGAUGAAAAUAGGUCAUUAGAAUCACUUUUUAAAAGUCACAAAUGUUUCGAAAUGGAGAAGCUUUGGGAAUACAAUACAUUAUAAAUUACAGUAUAACUCUUAAUCAGCAGAAUUUGUCAACACACAGGGACGCUUCCUUAUAACUAGCAUCCUCAUUUAAACAAAGACACUUCCCUUCUGAGAUAGAAACUAACCAGGAUCAAAGCUCAGUGCAGCUUUUGUGUCAGUGCACACAGAGCAGAGUUCGCAAAUUUUGCUUGGACUGGAUCAAAACCCACUUCUGGGUGCAGCAGAAGCUGUAGGUGUAAUGGGAAGCAAAAGUCGACCCAUUCACUGUAGGUACGAGUUCAGAUACCAGAGGAUUAAAUGUGUCGUCAAGCAGGUAUUUUAGGAAACGUUUACAUGCCUGGACACAACCCCUCUAUCUACCAGAUCAUAACACCCUCUAACUAUACAUGGAAUAACAGGUUGAAAGAGAAGAGUUACUUUGGCCACUCCCUACCUCCAUAAUCAGGUGACUCUGAAAGGCACGGUAUUGAGAAUACUCUCUCUUACCACUACCUUUGCGUUGGCUUCUUCCUGGAAAAAAAGGCACUACUUUGUCACAGUGGUGAACUGUUUAAUGUGACUCAACAUGGCUCUCGGUGGGGGAAUCAAAUGUGUGAAAUAUCUCAUGUUCAUCUUCAACCUUUUCUUCUGGCUCGCCGGCACUGCUGUAUUAGCUAUAGGACUGUGGCUAAGAUUAGACCAGAAGACCAAAAGCUUAUUUGAAGAACCAGAUUCUUCAUAUGUGUUUUACACAGGUGUAUAUAUUCUGAUAGCAGCUGGAGCACUGAUCAUGGUGGUGGGCUUUCUGGGAUGUUGUGGUGCCAUCCGGGAGUCCCCCUGUAUGCUGGGAACGUUCUUCUUCUUCCUGCUAAUCAUAUUUGCCAUUGAGGUAGCUGCUGGAAUCUGGGGAUUUUCUAACCAAAGCCAGGUGGUGAAUGAUAUCACAGGAUUUUACACACAGACGUACAACAACUACAAGUCAAAUGGAGACGAGCACCUCAAAGAGACACUGCGGGUGAUUCAAGCUGAGCUGAACUGUUGUGGUCCAAAUGGGAGGUUAGAGGAAACAAACCCAGAAACUUGUCCAAAGGGGGAGCUGCUGGAGGAGCUCAUUACUAAGAGCUGCCCUGAUGCCAUUGAAGAGGUGUUUAACUCCAAAUUGCACAUCAUAGGAGGAGUAGGCAUUGCCAUCGGGGUCAUUAUGGUGUUUGGGAUGAUCUUUAGCAUGCUCCUGUGCUGCGCCAUCAGGAGGUCCAGGGAGGUGGUGUGACACCCUCUCGAAGUCCUCAUUAAUGUUGCAUGAUGUCAUUCCUAGAGUCCCACGACUCUCCACUGCCAGUAGAAACACUGCUCGUUAAAGGGGGGGAUAAACUAAGCUUAGGCUGGGUGCACAUAUUUCUGAUUGCAUUAUACGUCAGCCUUAUCUGUGCUGCUGAUGCUUAGGCCCACUUUCCUGGACUAGAUAGCUGUUAUGUGGUUAUAAGGCCCAAUUUUAAAAUGGGUGUCAUCUGUUAUUCAGUGGCAGUGUAGUAAAAAGAAAUGUGUACUUUUGUGGUGAUUUGACUGAAAUUAGUGUAUGAACAGCUAAUUAUCUAAACAAAACAUGAUACUAUUGUAUACUGAUAACAUUUCUAUUGCUGUCACUUGGGGUCAUCUACUAGCAAGAACAUGGUCCAGAUAUAAAAAAACAAACACAAAAAAGCAAACACUUCUGCACAACACAGCCGCAGCAGUUUUACAGUUCCUUUUUUCAUGCAACUUCUUAAGUAAAAUUAAGGUGACGAGUAGCCAGCUGAAUACCGAGCUGUUAACUUUAACCAGCUUGGUGCUAGAGUAGCAUCUUGAUUCCUUUAUUUUCAUGACAUUUGAUUUGUUCCUGGUCCUUAUCCUGAUUUGUGUUUGUAAAUGUUUUCCUUUUUGUAUUUGUAAGAUUUCUAAUGUUAGCUGUUUAUAUUUUUACGUGCAGUUUGACGAUGCAUUUUGCAGUGUUCUCUUCAGUUUACAGAGAUUGAUUUAUAUCAUAUGCACUGUUUCACAGAGACAAAAUUUAACAAUAAGCGCCAAAUAAACUAAAAUGUACUGAG